AUGAAUCAAGAAAUCUACGAAGAACUGCUCUUCGCAAGAACUUUGAUAACCGACACUGAAGAUUUUGAAUCUAGGUUUGAGGAUAUUUUGACUAUGGUAAUACCACCGUGGAUAAUUAAUCCAUAUGGUGACAUAGAACAAACGAAUGUCAUAAUACAAGAGGAGCUGACUGAACUAAGUACAAACGAAGAACUUAAGGUUCAGUUUAAAAACGGAUAUCAGCAAUUCUGGCUGCAAAACAACAUACCCGUUACUUAUCCCGUUAUCUAUGAAUUUUUUUUACAUACCUCAUAUAAAGUAGCACCCUUAUUACCGCAGAAUCCUCCUCCGAUGUCAAGCAGAGUGAAAUGGAAUCCUAGAUCAUCAGCCUCAUCAAAAACUGUUCUUGCAGCUAUGAUGGCUCCAUGGAAUGCAUUUAGGUCUGGAUUGUGUCCUCUGCUCGAACCGAUAUGGAAAGACACUCCAAUGACAUUCAGAUCUAAGUAUCGAGCUACGGCCAGCAGUUGCUUGGCAUCCUCGGGAAGAACACUAAAAACAACCGAGAAUGAAUUUGGAGAAGACAGCGACAUAUCUUUUUGUAGCCUAAAAGAGAUUUUUGAAGCUUAUUCAGCCACAGCAAGCGUUUCUAGAAACGCGAGUAGCACGAUAACUAGGCAGCAGGUGGCACUUGCUGUCGAGCAAGCGCAGUCAGCGAAUAGUACCUCUGCUCCAGCGCUACCUCAGCCGUCCGCUGAGUAUGCAGCCGAGGACGAUGCAAGUAGUGGUAGUGGAACUUCGAAAGAACUACAAAACGAUCUACUAGAUUGUAGUCUUGAAGUUUGUCAUGAAGAAAUAAUAAAACACGUUAACAGAGCCUCGUAUUUGGCGAUAAUAGCAGAUGAAACAACGGACAUUUCAGGAAAAACCCAACUGAUACAUUAUAAAAAGGUGGAGGGUGAAUCAAAUAUAAACGAGACGAGCCAAUAUGUUGCCUUUAAACAUCCAGCGUACUUCUGUAUGGAACAGAAGAACUUUGUGAUCAGAAUCGAUAUCCUCGCAAAGGAAAGUAAAUAA